AUGGCUACUCCUGGCGCAUCCGAUAUGGCACAAUUCUUCGAUUUUGGGGAAGCGGCUAUGCCAGAUGUUCCAAAAGAGGCAGUUCAGAAUAACCAAGUUGCAGAUUCUAGCCACGAUCAAGUUGGCCUUGAGACCCCAUUAGGAUUCUCAGAUACCAACAAUGUCCAGUCAACAGACACCGACUUCAACACAGAUUUCUCUAGUUGGCUGCCUCGGUAUCAAAAGCCUACCAAUCCUUGUGAUUACUGUCGCUCGAGGUCCCUUGAGUGCUUUAUCUACAAUGCCGAGGGCCCAGGACAAUCACAGUCAUGUUGCUCACCGUGCAAUGCCUUGUUUCGUCCAUGUAGCUUCAGCAAUCCAGAAAAGAUGCCAUCUCUCAGACAAAGGACCGCUUUGGAUACAUUAGACGUUGUGGCUGAGAACGGUCCGCGACAUUUUGGUGGGCUCACUGGCAAGAAGCAGAUGCGAUCACUAGGCCACAUGGGUCCAAUUGACAACGACAACGACGAUGAGGGAGAGCAGGGCCCCAAGAAAGGGGCCGCUGCUGCAAGAUUUCCACGAGCGGCUGUCAAGGCCUUGAAGGACUGGAUGCUUGUACACUUCGACCACCCUUACCCAACUGAUGAGGAGAAGGAGGUUUUGAAACAACAGACUGGUCUCAGCAUUGGCCAGAUCUCCAACUGGAUGGCGAAUACCCGCCGAAGGCAGAAGACCAGGCCCAAGAGAAGCGCAUCACCAAGUAUUCGCCCAUCGACUGAGGCGAUCAAUAUUCCAGCAGGCCGAACUUGGGAGUCCCUUAGUACGUAUACCAAUUCUGAGCCCAGCAAAUCGCAUAAGACACUAGCAUCUGCUUCUGCCGGAAGGUUUCUGACCUUUCGUGUGGGUGGUGGACAUGCAAAUCCCUUCGAGCGAUGGAAGCACUCUCCCCCUGAGAACGAACCGGCUCCCAUGACUGCCAUUGCCCAGGCCGUUGAAACUUUUGACCUACCAGAAACCCAUAGCAUCAGCAGCAGCUACCGAAAAGAUGUUUCGAAUGAUAGCACGGGUAGUUAUUCGGUGUUCAAGGCACCCUCCAUUUCGUCGUUGGAGACCGGCUUCACAAACGUCUCAUCCGGUUCCCUCGGAUCACACAACUCAGCUUACUCUUUUGGCUCACGACACUCCCUCGGUUCGAUGAAUAGCUUGAAAUCGAAGGAAAGGCGCAGGCGGCGACGACUCCCUACCCGAACACCGAAGGCCGAUUCUGAUGAGGGAGCACGGCUGUACCAGUGUACGUUCUGUACAGAUCGGUUCAAAUCGAAGUAUGAUUGGUCUCGACACGAGAAGAGUCUUCAUCUAUCGCUCGAGAAGUGGCUAUGUGCACCGAUAGGCGAGGUUGUCGCUGAUAAAGCGACUGGCAAACCAAAAUGUGUAUAUUGCGAUGCAUUAGAUCCAAGCAAGGGUCAUCUAGCUACGCACAACCACAGCGGAUGCUGCGAUAAAGGCCCCGAAUCUCGAACCUUCUACCGGAAGGAUCACCUAAGACAACAUCUGCGGCUGAUGCACGGCUGUAAGAUGACCGCAAGCAUGGAAUCCUGGAAGUCUGAGGCCCAAUUUAUCAAGUCUCGCUGCGGUUUCUGUGGCAUGAAUUUCGAUAAGUGGCAAGAUCGUAUCGACCACCUAGCAAAGGAGUUCCGCAAUGGACUAAACAUGAAAGACUGGAAGGGCUGUCGAGGUCUAGACCCUCAUGUCGCCAUUCAUGUUUCCAACGCAAUGCCACCGUACCUCAUUGCGAAUGAAAGCAAGUCGCCCUUUCCGUUCUCUGCUAGCAACACUGCAAGCUUGAAGCAACCCAAUGUGUCAUUUGAUAGCCAGGACCUCGAGUACCUUCUAUCUACCACAACUAGCAACAGCCCUGCGAAAGAUUUGUUCGUAUCUUACCAAGACGCUCGGGACCCAUCCACUGUUGGUCCAAUCGUUAAGACGACAUCGCAGCACUAUACUGCCAAUCCGAAUGCUACUUGUUGGGAGAUACUCACUCUCCGAUUGGGACGGUUCGCCCGACAGUAUAUCGAAAAGCACGGUGCUGGUUCCGUUACCGAUGAGAUGCUUCAAUCUGAGUCCCGCUGUAUUCUGUAUGGUGAGGACGACCCAUGGCACCAAACUGCGGCCGACAAUCCUGAGUGGCUUAAUUUAUUCAAGAAGGCGCAUGGGAUUGGUACGCAAGCCACGGUGACAGGUAUAAACGCCCAUCACGAGGUGUAUGAAGACCUCGGCGUGCACGCUCACAGUGUCCUCGAUCCAAGCUUCAGCAUGAACAACUUCCCGUGCGUAACUAUGAGUGAGAACGAUCCAGAUCGCGCCCUUGCCUUUGACUGUUCGCUGUCAGGUACGACGAGGAUGUCUACAAAUCGAAUGCGACAGCUCUCCUCCGGCCGUCAGUCGCCGUAUAGCUUACCCGGGCUCACUGGCUCCGUCUCCGCCUCCCCGACGUCACCGGCCUUUUACGCUCCACAGACGCUAGGUAUUGGAGCACCAAUUACGGAAAUGACAUGCCCAACACCCGGGGGACCCUGCUUCGGCGAGAAUGGUGAAGUAGGGUUUUCUACGCGGGACCAGCAGCAGAAGAAGAAGACCUACUGGUUGGACUCGAACACAGCCCACAUGGCUCCCUUCCCCACAGUGACAGAGAGGAAAUGUACGCGCAGUGGUGAGCCCAUUGAAGACCGCUCGUUCUCUUCUAUCAUCGAGAAAGAAUGCACAGCCGAUGGUGAGCAGCUCAUUCCGACCGUCCAAGAGAAGACUUGUACCGAGUCUGGAGACGCGAUACCGGAUGACUUCCAGUUCCCAUCAUGGGAUCAGCUCCCCGUUGAUUUCCAGAACCCAACAACUAGCGCUGAUUACAACUCAACGAUACCUGUCAGCAUGGGUGUCAGUAUGCCGGCCAUGGAGGGAACUAUUAGCGGUGGCCCAAUGGGGUGGGACGAUAACGACCUAAACUUCGCCAUGGAUAUGGAUCUAGACAUGGAUUUCGACCUCAGCGCGCUGGAAAAGAGCUGA